GAGGUGCUCUUCUUUUACCCAUCAUAGGGGCUUCCCUGGACGUCUGAUCGGCAAGCCUGAGUCAGGAUUCUUAAUUAAGUCCCUGGAUUGUCCUGAGGCCCAAUAUCGCAACGCGGUAGAAACACUGCUUCGGUGGGCGACGUGGAACUGCUACAGAAGGGCGUUUAUUACAGUGAUGCCGAAACGUGGGAAAAAAGCCGCGGUGGCAGAAGACGGGGAUGAGCCCAAGUCUGAGCCAGAAGCCAAGAAGAGUAAGGCGGGAGCAAAGAAAACCGAAAAAGAGUCAGCAGGUGAGGGGGCAGUCCUGUAUGAGGACCCCCCAGAUCAGAAAACCUCACCCAGUGGCAAAUCAGCCACACUCAAAAUCUGCUCCUGGAAUGUGGAUGGGCUUCGAGCUUGGAUUAAGAAAAAAGGUUUAGAUUGGGUAAAGGAAGAAGCCCCAGAUAUCCUGUGCCUCCAAGAGACCAAAUGUUCAGAGAACAAACUGCCAGCUGAACUUCAAGAGCUGUCUGGACUACCCCAUCAGUACUGGUCAGCUCCUUCUGACAAGGAAGGGUACAGUGGUGUGGGCCUGCUCUCCCGCCAGUGCCCACUCAAAGUCUCCUAUGGCAUUGGUGAGGAGGAACAUGAUCAGGAAGGCCGAGUGAUUGUGGCUGAAUUUGAUGCAUUUGUGCUGGUGACAGCCUAUGUACCCAAUGCAGGCCGAGGUCUGGUACGCCUGGAGUACCGCCAGCGCUGGGAUGAAGCCUUUCGCAAAUUCCUGAAGGGUCUGGCCUCCCACAAGCCCCUUGUGCUCUGUGGGGACCUUAAUGUGGCUCAUGAAGAAAUUGACCUUCGCAACCCAAAGGGAAACAAAAAGAAUGCUGGCUUCACUCCACAGGAGCGUCAAGGCUUUGGGGAAUUGCUGCAGGCUGUGCCACUGGCUGACAGUUUCCGGCACCUCUACCCAAACACGGCGUAUGCCUACACCUUUUGGACCUACAUGAUGAAUGCGCGAUCUAAAAAUGUUGGAUGGCGGCUUGAUUAUUUUUUGUUGUCUCACUCUCUGUUGCCUGCAUUGUGUGACAGCAAGAUCCGUUCCAAGGCUCUGGGUAGUGACCACUGUCCCAUUACUCUAUACCUAGCACUGUGACCUUUCCCCAAAUCAGUUUGAGCCUGGGAUAUAAGCCAAUCAAACUAGCUUUAAACUUCUUACGCCCAAACUUCUUUAAAAACUGCUCUCUAGAGAAAUCUGCACUGUAUUUUCCUUCUCAACUGCAGCUUUUAACCAGGCUUCUAGUAACAGAUGUAGGUUUCCUUUAAGCCCAAGGAUUUUUGUGUGUGUUGGGAUGUCUUUUUUUUUUUUUUUAAUAUUAAAAACUACUGAUGAGUUCCUUUGAAAUGCCCAUGUGAAAAUAAAGAGCCAUAGUUUCAGCA